AUGGCUUCAUUCUCGAUCAUCGCCCUUUUUGUGGCUCUGCGUUUUUUCGCUCUCGUGACUGGUGUCCCUACUCCAGCACCUUCCACCGCCGCUACGGCUUCGACCUCUAGCUACUGGGUUGCCAACAUUGCCCGUCAAGGUACUGUUGCUUAUGGAACUGCCGGCUACCAAGUUUUCCGCAAUGUCAUGGAUUUCGGCGCCAAGGGUGACGGUUCAACUGAUGACACCGCCGCCAUCAACGCUGCUAUCACCUCCGGUACUCGCUGUGGUCAAGGCUGCGAUUCCUCUACAACAGAGCCUGCCUUGGUCUACUUUCCCCCUGGCACUUACAUGAUCAGCGCUCCCCUUGUUCAACUCUACUACACCCAAUUUGUGGGUGAUGCUGUCACUAUUCCAACUAUCAAAGCUACAGCUGGCUUUACCGGCAUUGCCUUGAUCGACUCGGACCCAUAUGCUUCUGGAGGCGUCAACUGGUAUACCAACCAAAACAACUUUUACCGCCAGAUUCGCAACUUCGUCCUCGAUACUACCUUGAUGCCUGUUUCAGCAGGUACUGGUAUCCACUGGCAAGUGGCACAAGCCACUAGUUUGCAAAACAUCGUCUUCAACAUGCGCACUGAUGGUGGAACUGCGAAUGCUCAACAGGGUAUCUUCAUGGACAACGGAUCCGGUGGAUUCAUGACUGAUCUUAUCUUCAAUGGUGGAAAAUACGGUGCCUUCUUUGGUAACCAGCAAUUCACUACCAGAAAUAUGACAUUCAAUGGAUGCCAAACCGCCGUCUUUAUGAACUGGAAUUGGGUCUGGACCUUGUCAGGACUUACCAUCAACAACUGCCAGAUUGGUGUCGAUAUGCAUAAUGGCGGUACUUCAAGUCAAACAGUCGGCUCUGUCCUGCUCACUGACAGCACGAUCUCCAACACUCCCAUCGGUGUCUCAACUGCCUACCAGAGCAACGAAGGAGCAACAAAUGGCACUCUUAUCAUUGACAACGUGGAUUUCUCCUCGAAUGUCCCAGUUGCUGUCUCGAGCUCUGGUUCCGGAACUAUCCUUGCCGGUAAUACCAAGAUCUCAUCAUGGAUGCAAGGACGAGCAUACAAUGGAGCCAACACUGGCGCACUUACUCAAGGAACCCAAACAGCUGUAACGAAGCCUGCAUCCCUCUUAGCUUCCAACGGCAAAGUCUUCGCAAGAUCCAAGCCGCAAUAUGAGACCCUCCCUGCCUCUUCAUUCCUGAGCGUCAAGGCUGCCGGUGCCAAGGGUGAUGGUGUGACUGAUGACACUGCUGCGAUUCAAGCACUUUUCAACUCAGCUGCUGCUACAGAUGUCGUCUACUUCGACCACGGCGCCUAUGUUAUCACUAGCACAGUCAAGGUCCCCAAAAACAUUCGUAUCACUGGCGAGAUCUGGCCAUUAAUCAUGGCUGGUGGUUCUACCUCUUUCCAGUCUCAGGCAAACCCUCAACCAGUCUUCCAAGUUGGUCAACCAGGUGACACUGGAUCCGUAGAGAUUUCCGAUCUUAUUUUUGAGACUCUUGGCCCCCAACCUGGCGCCAUCAUGGUUGAAUGGAACGUUGCUGAGACUUCUCAAGGCUCUUCUGGUAUGUGGGAUGUCCACAUGCGCAUUGGAGGAUCCGCCGGAACCAAUCUUCAAUCAAACACUUGCGCCAAGAAUCCAACCGUUACUGCUCCAGCCAAUGCUGCUUGCGAGGGUGCAUUCUUACUCCUCCAUGUCACCGCUCAGGCUACCAUCUACUUGGAGAACAACUGGUUCUGGGUUGCGGAUCACGAGCUUGAUCUCAGCGACCACGGCCAGGUCAACAUCUUCAAUGGUCGUGGUGUGCUUGUUGCUUCUCAGCAAGGCCCUGUCUGGAUGUAUGGUACCAGCUCUGAACACAGCGUUCUGUACAACUACCAACUCGCUAAUGCAUCGAACGUCUGGAUGGGCGCGAUUCAGUCUGAGACACCAUACUUCCAGUCUAAUCCUGACGCCACUACUCCAUUCACUGCCAAUGCAGCUUACUCAGACCCCACAUUUAGCGGCUCAUCUUCUGUAAAUAAGGCAUGGGGUCUUCGUGUUGUAGACUCUAAGGACGUCAUCGUCGCCGGUGCCGGAUUGUACAGCUUCUUCGACAACUAUGCGCAGACCUGUUUGGACACCGAGUCUUGCCAGAGCAACAUGGUUUCUUUGGAGAGCUCAGACUCAAUCUACCUGUAUGGAUUGUCUACCAAGGCUUCUACCAACAUGGUUACUGUCAACGGUGCUAGUGCCGCUUUGGACAGUGACAACCGAAACAACUUCUGCGCAACUGUCGCUCUAUUUGCACAAUCUUAA